CGCACCCACUUCUUCCACUCCUCCUUCCUCUAUCAUUUGCAGAAGUUUGCAGCUUGGCACUUGGAAGUGAGCUUGCUUGCUGCAGGAGGAUGGUCCAGGUUUGUGAAGCCUUACGGAGAUCUUUUUAUCGCUGAGUUCAUUCCUGGCUGUAGGUGUCUCGACGCGCCGCCGAAACCUGAGCCUGAGCUCCACCGAGUUCAGUGACGACUUAUUUCGUCAAGUUUUUGUUGCCAUUCUGUUCUUUUUAUUCAAUUAUACCCCUAUAUCAUCAAAAUGGCGGACCAAAAUAUCUCGCAGUACAAGUACUCGGCGAUGUCCAACCUGGUUCUCCAGGCGGACCGUCGUUUCAUUUCUCGUGUCAACGAUGAACCCACCGGAGAUCCCGAGUCGCUCGCUGGCCGCAUUAGCAUCCGGGAAAUGGGCGGGAGGAUAUUGCGUGAUGAUGCGCCGAAGACAAAGAAGAAGACCGCAUUGGUAGAUAUCGAGCGGGGUUCGAUUCGGGAGGGUGAGGAUGUUCUUGCGCGUGAACAGAAGAAGCGUCAGAAGGGACAGGCUACCCAGCUUCGCGGCCAGGGGAUUCUCUCCGCUGGUGACGCCCUUAUCGAAGGCCUGAAAUAUCGUCCUCGCACACCGGCUACCCGCGCUACCUACGAUUUAAUCCUCACAUUGACAGCCAGCCGUCUCGGUGACGUGUCCCACGAAAUUGUCCGAAGCGCCGCCGAUGCCGUCCUGGAGACCUUGAAGGAUGAGGAGAUGAAGGACUUCGAUAAGAAGAAGGAAAUUGAUGAUCUUAUCGGUACCUCCUUGAAUCCUCAAGAGUUUAAUGAGCUGGUAAAUCUGGGAAAGAAGAUCACAGAUUACGACGCACAAGAUGAAGACGAAGAGAUGGACGGUGGCGUUGCUGGCGAAGAAGAGGCGGAGUUAGACGAACGUCAGGGUGUCGCCGUGGUCUUCGACGAGGAAGAUGAAGACGAAGAUCGACUGGGAACCCUGGAUGAGGUCCGCGAUGAUGACGAAUUGUCGGAGGAUGAAGAAGCCGAGCAGCGGGAAUCCGGCGAUGAAGAGGCUGGGAAGAAUGCAGAUGAUGAUUUGCCCUCGGAAGAAAUGGUGAUAGAUGGAGGAUUACAGCGCGAUGGGGAUCGACAAGGGAAAGGGUUGAAGAUUUCUGCUCGCGAAAUCGAUGCCUACUGGCUUCAGCGUCAGAUUGGUUCUGCAUACUCCGAUGCUCACAUUCAGCAAGAAAAGGCUACUGAAGCACUUGAAAUUAUGGGUGGUAAAGCAGAAGACGGCACAGAGAGACCACUGCGAGACGUCGAAAACGAUCUGAUGGAGCUCUUCGAUUACGACUACCCAGACCUUGUUGCCAAACUAGUUACAAACCGUGACAAAAUUGUCUGGGCAACCCGCUGGCGACGGGUGGCUGAGGAUGCUGAUGCUCGCCACCUUGUUGAAAGCGAGAUGGUUGAGGCUGGUCAUCGCGCUAUUUUGGACGAGAUCCGUGGGAAGUCUGGUCGUGAUGACGAUGCAGGUCGCCCCGAGAAGAAGAUAAAGCUCGACCUGAUGGAUGUUGACGUCCCUAAUGCCCCAGCUGCUGCGGAAGAGAAACCUACUGAGGGCGGAUUAGCCCGAGGCCUGCAACCAAAGCGAUUGAUAAACUUGGAAAACCUUGUCUUCCACCAAGGCAAUCAUUUGAUGACGAACCCUAGUGUCAAGUUACCUCAGGGCUCCACGAAGCGAACAUUCAAAGGAUACGAAGAAAUCCAUGUCCCACCGCCCAAACCUAAGAAGGCACCCGGGGAGAAGAACAUCCCCAUCACGGAAUUGCCUGAAUGGGCGCGCAUUGGAUUUGGCGAUGCGAAGGAGCUCAACCGUAUUCAGACCAAGUGCUAUCCUUCCGCCUUUCAGGAUGACGGAAACAUGCUCGUUUGUGCGCCUACGGGCUCGGGAAAGACUAAUGUCGCUAUGCUUAGCAUCCUUCGUGAGAUCGGUAAAAAUCGCAACCCCCAAACUGGAGAGAUCAUGCUCGACGAUUUUAAGAUCAUUUGCAUUUCUCCUUUGAAGGCUCUUGUGCAAGAGCAGGUUGGAAACUUCGGGAAACGCCUUGCCCCGUAUGGUAUCCGGGUGUCUGAGUUGACCGGCGAUCGUCAACUCACGAAGCAGCAGAUUGCCGAUACUCAAGUCAUCGUUACCACACCCGAGAAGUUUGAUGUCAUUACACGAAAGGCGUCAGAGACCAGCUACACCAAGCUGGUUCGUCUGAUCAUCAUUGACGAAAUCCACUUGCUUCACGAUGAGCGUGGCCCUGUCAUUGAAAGCAUUGUAAGCAGAACUAUUCGCAAGGUUGAGCAGACUGGCGACCCCGUUAGAAUCGUUGGUCUUAGUGCAACUCUUCCGAACUACCGGGAUGUUGCAAACUUCCUUCGUGUGGACCCUGAAAAGGGUAUGUUCCACUUUGACGGAUCCUACCGCCCAUGUCCCCUGAAGCAGGAGUUCAUUGGCGUCACUGAUAAGAAGCCAAUCAAGCAGCUGAAGACCAUGAACGAUAUCUGUUACAACAAAGUCAUGGAGCAGGUUGGACAGCGCAGAAACCAGAUGCUCAUUUUCGUUCAUUCUCGUAAGGAAACGGCAAAGACCGCCAAAUACAUCAGGGAUAAAGCUCUGGAAAUGGAGACAAUCGGCCAGAUUUUGAGAAGUGAUGCGGCAAGCAGAGCUAUUUUGGCAGAGGAAGCAGAAAACGUCGAUGACGCUUCUCUCAAGGAUCUUCUGCCCUACGGAUUCGGUAUUCACCAUGCCGGACUGAGUCUUGCAGAUCGUGAUUCCGUUCAGGCGCUCUUCAGCGAUGGCAGUAUCCAGGUUCUCGUGUGCACCGCAACCCUCGCCUGGGGUGUUAACUUACCGGCGCACACAGUUAUUAUUAAGGGAACGCAGGUUUACUCCCCAGAGAAGGGUAGCUGGGUGGAAUUGAGUCCCCAGGAUGUCCUCCAAAUGUUGGGGCGUGCUGGUCGUCCUCAGUACGACACCUAUGGUGAGGGUAUUAUCAUUACUACCCAAGCCGAAAUUCAAUAUUACCUUUCUCUCCUCAAUCAACAACUUCCAAUCGAGAGUCAGCUUAUGAGUAAGCUCGCGGACAACAUGAAUGCAGAGAUUGUGCUUGGAAAUAUCCGCACUCGCGAUGAGGGUGUUGACUGGCUUGGUUACACCUAUUUGUUCGUCCGCAUGCUACGCUCGCCUGGCCUCUACAGUGUUGGGGCCGAUUAUGAGAACGAUGAUGCACUGGAGCAGAAGCGGGUUGAUCUUAUUCACUCCGCAGCUGUGGUUUUGGAAAAGGCCGGCCUGGUCAAGUACGACAAGAAGACAGGACGACUCCAGUCAACCGAACUGGGACGCGUUGCCUCGCACUAUUACAUCGGCCAUAACUCCAUGUUGACAUACGCCCAGCACCUUCAGCCAUCUAUUGGCAACAUUGAACUUUUCCGAAUCUUCGCCCUCAGCGAUGAGUUCAAGUAUAUUCCAGUUCGUCAAGAUGAAAAACUGGAACUCGCUAAAAUGCUGGGCCGUGUACCCGUCCCGGUCAAAGAAGGCAUUGAUGAACCUCAUUCGAAAAUCAACGUCUUGUUACAGGCCUACAUAUCUAGACUUAAGCUUGAGGGUCUUGCAUUGAUGGCGGACAUGGUCUACGUUACCCAAUCCGCUGGCCGUAUUCUUCGAGCCUUGUUUGAAAUCUGCCUAAGGAAGGGUUGGUCGUCUGUUGCCAAGAAUGCCCUCGAUCUUUGCAAGAUGGCCGAACGACGGAUGUGGCCUACUAUGUCGCCUCUUCGUCAAUUCCCAACCUGCCCUAGAGAUAUCCUUCAGAAGGCCGAAAGAAUCGACGUACCUUGGGCCAGCUACUUUGAUCUUGACCCGCCUCGCAUGGGCGAACUCCUCGGCAUGCCCCGAGCUGGGCAAACAGUGUGUGAUCUUGUCUCCAAAUUCCCUCGUUUGGAAGUGCAGGCUCAAGUGCAGCCUGUUACUCGCUCCAUGCUGCGAGUUGAGCUGACGCUUACGCCAAACUUUGUUUGGGACGAGAAUUUGCAUGGAAAUGCUCAGGAUUUCUGGAUCAUGGUUGAAGAUUGCGAUGGCGAGGAGAUAUUGUUCCAUGACCAAUUCGUCCUACGGAAAGAUUAUGCUCAAUCCGAGAUGAACGAGCAUCUGGUCGAGUUCACUGUUCCUAUUACGGAGCCUAUGCCACCCAACUACUUCAUCUCUCUUGUCUCUGACCGCUGGAUGCAUUCGGAAACCCGUAUCGCUGUUUCAUUCCAGAAGCUUGUCCUCCCCGAACGAUUCCCUCCCCACACACCCUUGCUUGACAUGCAGCGAGCUCCAGUGAAGGCUCUUAAGCGCGAUGAAUAUCAACAGUUGUACCCGGAUUGGCAGUAUUUCAACAAGAUCCAGACGCAGACAUUUAAGUCUCUAUUCGACUCAGACGAAAACGUCUUCAUCGGUGCUCCUACUGGCACUGGCAAGACUGUUUGUGCGGAAUUAGCUCUGCUGCGUCACUGGGCUGACGCGGACAGCGGCCGUGCGGUCUAUGUUGCCCCGUUCCAGGAACUGGUCGACCACCGUCUUGCGGACUGGGAAAAGCGACUGAGCAAACUGGCCGGUGGCAAGACUAUCGCCAAACUCACCGGGGAAACCACAGCAGACCUGAAGAUCCUGGCCGGUGCGGACCUUGUCCUUGCUACGCCUAGCCAGUGGGACGUCAUCAGCAGGCAGUGGCAAAAGCGUAAGAAUGUGCGAACUGUGCAACUCUUCAUCGCAGAUGAGCUACACAUGCUUGGAGGCUAUGGCGGAUAUAUCUACGAAGUGGUGGUCUCACGAAUGCAUUCCAUUGCGCUGCAAACUGAGAGCGGGAUGCGCAUUGUCGGCCUGAGUGUUCCCCUUGCGAAUGCCCGGGAUAUCGGAGAGUGGAUUGGCGCGAACAAACACACAAUCUACAACUUCAGUCCACACGCCCGUCCAGUGCCUCUGGAGCUCCAUAUCCAAUCCUUCAGCAUUCCCCACUUCCCUUCGCUUAUGCUUGCAAUGGCUCGACCCGCGUAUUCAUCGAUUUUGCAACUGUCUCCAGACAAGGCUGCUCUUAUUUUCGUGCCUAACCGCAAGCAAACACGGUCAACUGCUAUGGAUCUUUUGGCUGCAUGUGCCACUGAUGACGAUGAAGACCGUUUCCUUCAUGCGGAUGUGAACGAACUAAACCCACUCCUUAGUAGAAUUCAGGAGCAUACCUUGGCUGAAUCCCUAUCGCACGGUAUUGGAUACUACCAUGAGGCUCUGAGCGCCACCGACAAGCGUAUUGUGUCCCAUCUCUUUACUAUUGGUGCAAUUCAAGUUGUUAUUGCCUCCCGGGAUGUUUGCUGGGAAAUCAACCUCACAGCACACCUCGUGAUUGUUAUGGGAACCCAGUUCUUUGAGGGACGUGAACAUCGCUACAUUGACUAUCCCAUCAGCGACAUUCUCCAAAUGUUUGGCAAAGCAUCUCGCCCUCAAGAGGAUCGGAUCGGUCGUGGUGUCCUGAUGGUACCGUCAGUCAAACGCGAGUACUACAAGAAAUUCCUCAACGAAGCCUUGCCGGUCGAGAGUCAUCUACAGCUCUACCUGCACGAUGCAUUUGUCACCGAAAUCAGCAUGGGAACAAUUGGCUCUACCCAAGACUCUGUUGACUGGCUAACAUAUACCUACUUUUAUCGUCGCCUUCUUGCCAACCCUAGUUUCUACGGCCUCACUGACGUCAGUCAUGAGGGUCUUAGUACUUUCCUAUCGGAGAUGGUUGAAAAUACUUUGAAGGAACUAUCUGAAGCUAAGAUUAUUGAUCUGGAUGAAGAGGAUGAUAGUGUCUCGCCUCUGAAUGCCGCUUCUAUUGGGGCCUACUACAACAUCUCGUAUAUCACUAUGCAGACAUUCCUUCUUUCUCUGUCCGCACGAACCAAGCUCAAGGGAAUUCUGGAGAUUAUCACAUCUGCAACAGAAUUCGAGUCUGUCCAAAUGCGUCGCCAUGAAGAUCAUAUUUUACGCCGGGUUUACGAUCGUGUUCCUGUCAAGAUGUCAGAAGUCGCGUUCGACUCGCCUCACUUCAAAGCUUUUGUGCUGCUUCAAGCCCACUUCUCGCGCAUGCAACUGCCCAUUGAUUUAGCCAAAGACCAGGAGGUGAUUGUGAGCAAGGUGCUCAACCUUCUUAGCGCGUGUGUGGAUAUCCUUUCUUCCGAGGGCCACUUGAACGCUAUGAACGCGAUGGAGAUGUCGCAGAUGGUGGUCCAGGCUAUGUGGGAUCGUGAUAGCCCCCUCAAGCAGAUUCCCCAUUUCGGUCCUGAGGUGAUCAAGGUUGCCAAUGAAUAUAAGAUCAAUGACAUCUUUGAGUUCAUGGACGCAAUGGACCCCUCUGAGAACAAGGACUACGCCACCUUGGUUAAACGCCUGGGGCUCGAUAACAAGCAGCUGGCACAGGCAGCCGCAUUCACGAAUGAGAAGUACCCUAUUCUCGAGCUUGAUUUCGAAGUCGAAGAUCCGGAGAAUAUUACCGCUGGGGAGCCAGCGUUCCUUAAGAUCAAGGUUGAGCGAGAAAUGGAGGAGGACGAUGAGGUGGAUGCAACAGUUCAUGCACCGUUCUAUCCUAGCCAGAAGAUGGAGAACUGGUGGCUACUCGUGGGAGACGAGAAGACGAAGAGCCUGCUUGCUGUCAAGCGAGUUACCAUUGGCCGGAAGCUGGAACUUCGCCUGGAGUACACUGUGCCUAACCCUGGUGAUCACGAGUUGACUCUGUACUUGAUGAGUGACAGCUACGUCGGUGUGGAUCAAGCUCCCACCUUCAAUAUUACGGCCGCUGAAGGCAUGGAGGAGGAUGAGAGCGACGAGGAAGAGGAGGAGUAACGAAUGAUUUAUUGAAAAAGAAGCUGAAAUUUCUUGGUUUAUUAAGUGAUUUGAAGUUUAAUCUGUCUGAGUACAAAUGUAAUUAUACGGAAUGAUUAGAACAGGGUUAUAAUUAUUCUUCUUGC